CUUUUUAUCCUAGGCUACGGGCGAUGGUAAAACUUGAUUUAAUCUAAUUGUUACAUGUUUUACUUAAAAAAAAAAAAGUAAAUAAAUAAAACCUAAUAUAUUUUCACCCUGUCUUUUAAACUCGCACAUCUAUCAUAUCCAAAAACCUAACACCUAUACCGGCGCAUCCAAGGAGGAAAAGGAGUGAGAAACCCUAGAAGCAAGCAGCAGUCGAGAAGCAAGAACAGCCAUGGGUAAGGUUCAUGGAUCAUUGGCUCGUGCCGGAAAGGUGAGAGGGCAAACCCCAAAAGUUGCCAAGCAAGACAAGAAGAAGAAGCCCCGUGGUCGUGCUCACAAGCGUAUGCAAUACAAUCGCCGUUUCGUUACUGCUGUUGUAGGAUUCGGGAAGAAGAGAGGGCCAAACUCAUCAGAGAAGUAAGAUACAAUGUUAUUUCCAGGAUAUCCAUGUAGAACCUCUUAUUUAAUAUCUGUUUAGUAAUGAAUGAACCUUGUCUAGAUUUUGGUACCAUGAUAUGAACAAUUGUUUGAUUCUAAAUUUGAAGUUUUGGUUCUUACCUUCAA